UCUCUCGAAGACUUUCCACCCACCUGAUCACACCAAAACAGCUAGGCAGCAUACGCAGCACACGAACCCAAACCCACGAGCAAAUUUGAUACUCCAUAAGUGACCCAUUUCUUCCUCCGCGGAGACUAGGCAAUUGCAAACGACUCCUCCCCCGUUCACCUCUGAUAGAUCGAGGCGUCCCGGGAACAAGAGGCCGUGAAUCUCUCCCGUCGGAGAAGAUCUCGGGGGCCUCGCGCGCGGAGAACGAGGAGCUGCGUCGUGCUGACUAGUCGAGCGAGGCGCAGAGGGAGGAGGAAGAGAUGUCUUCAGAAGGAGGGGGCUCCCAGAUGGGCGUCACCGGCGCGCUGGGCCUCUCGGUCACUUCGUCGGUAGCCAUUGUUAUCUGCAACAAGUACCUCAUCAGCAACCUUGGCUUCUUAUUCGCGACGACGCUGACGAGCUGGCACCUGCUGGUGACCUUCUGUACGCUGCAUGUCGCACAGCGCCUCCGCUUCUUCGAGGCGAAGCCAAUCGAUGCGCAAACUGUCAUCUCCUUUGGAUUUCUUAAUGGAAUCUCCAUUGGCCUCCUCAACCUUUGCCUUGGGUUUAAUUCAGUUGGUUUCUACCAGAUGACCAAGUUAGCCAUUAUACCCUUCACCAUACUCUUGGAGACCAUAUUUCUGAGCAAGAAGUUCAGCCAGAGCAUCAAGGCUUCUCUCAUGGUCCUCCUCCUUGGAGUUGGUAUUGCGUCUGUCACGGAUCUCCAGCUCAAUCUCCUCGGCUCGAUCAUCGCAGUCCUGACCAUCGCCGCGACGUGUGUCUGCCAGAUUCUGACCAACCAAAUACAGAAGAGGCUCAAGGUGUCCUCCACCCAGCUGCUGUACCAGUCCUCGCUGUACCAAUCCGCCGUGCUGCUCAUCACCGGCCCCUUCGUUGACAAGCUCCUCACGAAGAACGACGUCUUUGCGUUCGACUACAACUUCAAAGUCGUGGUGUUUAUCGUGCUGUCGUGCACGAUCGCAGUGUCCGUCAACUUCAGCACGUUCCUGGUGAUCGGCACGACCUCGCCGGUGACGUACCAGGUGCUGGGCCAUCUCAAGACGUGCCUCAUUCUCUCCUUCGGCUACAUCCUGCUCGAGGACCCCUUCACGUUCCGGAACGUGGCCGGCAUCCUCGUCGCCAUCUUCGGCAUGGGCCUCUACUCCUACUUCUCCGUCUCCGAGAGCCGGAAGAAGAACGAGCUGGGCGCCUCAAUCCCUGUCACCACGCAGAUGGGCGAGAAGGACUCGGCGCCGCUUCUCGGUGCAAAGAUCUCGCCGUGGCAGGAGAGCACGGGGUUGGAGAGCUUCGACGACGUGCCGAGGACCGCGAAGAGCGCGUUUAGCCGGCAGUUGAAUGCGUAGCUUCGGAUGGAUCAUUAAUUGCAUGGUAGAGCAACACCAAAAUGUAUUCUUUUUUAGGUGCGGUUUCUCAUACGAUGAUCGAUGUAAGUUUGCGAGUUGCUAGAUGAUGAAAUUUGAGCUUUUAAGGGCGGUAUAUUGCAAGGUGAUUAUCGGGUCUACAAAAUUAUACUGUAGCGUUUUAUCAAAAAAAAAAUUAUACUGUAGCGCAUGACUCGCAGAAUUUUUUUCAA